UCUCUCUCUCUCUCUCUCUCUCUCUCUCUCUCUCUCUCUCUCUCCCUCCCUCCCUCUCUCUGAUAUGAUAUGUUUAUGACCGUCAGAGUCCGCGGUUGCACCGGCGGACUGCCUGGGCGUGCUCCGCUCCCGCGCGGCUAGAGGACGGGCAAGGGGACGGACACGGGACCUCGCGAGCACGCGCGCGCCAUGGCUUGCGGGGAGACCGCGGUAGCGGGUUUUCUGACCGUCAGCCGAGAGAUGACAGAGAGCAUCAGAAGAGUGAUUGACAAACCUUCCCUAAAGUUGGCCAGAGCUGUGAAAGCAGAGAGCCGGGGCAGGACAGACGACCGCAUCCUGGUGUUGUCAAUGUGGAGGCUUUACCUCAUGUCUCCCAAAAUACCCACUAAGGUGGAGCAGACGUUUAACUUCCUAGAGAUUCGCGCCAUGAACCUUCAACCAGAGCACCGGGUUGUCAUAGAAACAGAAAAGUCCACCUGCUCCCUCAGGUUGCAGUCGAGCGACCACCUGGGUCAGCUGCUCGGUCAUGUGAACGUCGCUCUCUCUCGAAUCUUCAACAACUCCAUCUACGCUCCAUCUUUCUUUCAGACAGAUGGAGAUGUCUCUGACGCAGGGCAUAAAUUUUCUCCAAAUUCCGAAACAUCAGUGGAGACGCAGAGAACGUGUGGGGGGUUCUCGGAGACGUACGCGGCUCUAUGCGACUACAACGGCAUCAGCUGCAAAGAGGAGAUCCAGUGGGACGUGGACACGAUCUAUCACGCCCAGGACAACAGGGAAUUAAACUUGCUGGACUUCGGUCACUUGGAGAGCAGGGACCUCGCCGUGAUCGUGGCGGCUAUGGCCUACAACACGUGGUUCACCAAGCUCUCGUGCAAAGACUUGCGCUUAAGCUCAGAGGUAGUGGAGCAGGUCCUUCACACAGUCAGUAAGUCCAGCAACCUGGAGGAGUUAACAUUGGAGAAUGUCGGCCUCAAAGCGGAUUUCCCCCAGAAGUUGUCGGUGGCUCUGUCUGAGAACCCAGCGUCUGUGCUGCACUCCCUCAGCCUGGCCCACAACGCGCUGGACAACCAAGGAGUGUCCAAUCUCAUCCCACAGCUGUGUCGGCUCAGGAAAGGCCUGCGUUCUCUCAGCCUCUCCAAGACCUCGCUGUCCUCUAAGGGAGUGGCAUCCCUGACUCAGGCUCUCUGCUCCAGUGACGACUACUCGAGCUCUCUGCUCCACCUGGAUCUGAGCAGGAACCCUGGCAUGUUGUCAGGAGAGGACGCCACGAAUCUCUACCUGUUCUUGGCUCAGCCCAACUGUCUGGUGCAUCUAGACGUGUCAGCCAGCGACUGCGCCGUGGACCUGCUGUUUGGUGCUCUGCUCCGGGGCUGCUGUUCUGACCUGUCCUACCUGAACCUCUCCAAGAACUCCUUCUCUCCCAGGAAAGUGAGAGAGACCCUCCCCACCUUUCGGCAGUUCUUCAGCUCGGCGUUCAGCCUCUCCCACCUCAGCCUGGCCUCCAUGAAGUUGCCCCCAGACAUGCUGAGGGCCCUGUUCCUGGGACUAUCCUCCAACCCCCACAUCUCAGACCUGCACCUGGACGUCAGCAGCUGCGAGCUCCGGUCAGCAGGAGCAGCAGUAAUACAGGACUUGUUUCCCCAAUUGUCCUGCAUCAGUACUCUGGACAUUUCGGAUAAUGGCCUGGACUCCGAUCUCCUCUCUGUCAUCCCUGCUUUCUCCCGACAUCUGUCUCUCAAGAACCUGCACCUGGGAAAGAAUUUCAAUGCCAAGGGCAGGGUGCUGGAUGAGAUCCUGCAAAAACUGGUGCAGCUUAUACAAGAAGAAGAGUGUGCCCUGCAGAGUUUGUCCCUGGCUGACUCCAGGCUCCGGUCCCGGGGGGCCGUGCUGGUGAACGCCCUGGGUAGCAAUGUGUGCUUGCGAAAGGUUGACCUGAGCGGCAACAGCCUGGACGACGCCGGGGCGCGGAUGCUCAGCAAGUCCCUGCAGACAAACACCACGCUCAGGAGUGUGACGUGGGACCGGAACAACACCUCAGCCGUGGGAUUCCAGGAUGUAGCCCGCUCUCUGGAACAUAAUUUCACUUUGCAGUACAUGCCUGUCCCACUCAGCGAUGUCACACAAGCGUACCGCAGUGCCCCCGGGAAGACAGAACAGGCGAUGAUGAAAAUCCAGCGUGCCCUGCUGAGGAACAACCAAUCCCAGCGCUUCUCUGAGAAACAGGCUCUGCGGCUUCACCAGGGCCUUCUCACCAGCUCCACCGAGCAGGUGAUGGACCGUCUGUGUAUGCGGGUGCAGCAGCAGGUGUGUUGUUUGAGAGCGUCCUCUGAGAGCAAGGAGCUGCAGGCCGCCAGGCAGGUCCUGAAGGAGGCCAGGAACUCCCGUGCGCUUUACCCGUCUCUGUGCGAGCUGGCUCACGUGCUGUCCGUUGACGGGCCCGUCCGACAGAAGCUGGAGGCUCUCUCUGGAGAAGUGGCCAAGGCUGCAGACAAGGAACUCCAAGUGAUCGUGGACUCCAUGGUGUCCCUGUGUCGGGAGCUGUGUCCCCUGUCGUCCACCACCGCGGAGAACCUCUCACCUGGUCUGUCCUCCAUCUCUGAGCGUGUGUCCAUCCCUCGUCUCGCCAUCCGCACGGCCCUGACGGAGAGGGCAGCACAGGACAUCAACCAAGCCCUGGAGGAGGUCAAGCUGACGGCCGUGUCAUACCUCACCAACUCCAUUAUGGACCAGAUACUUCAGGAGCUCUAUGCCACGCACAAGACCUUGCUCCAUCAGGUCUCGCUGGCGCGGCAGCUGGAGGAUAGCGUCACUGUCAGUCGCGCUCUUCGUCAUGCCGACGGCCUGGACACCACAGAGGAAGACUUUGCCAUCUGCAUAGACACAAUAGCCAUAAAGAAGCGGAGUUCCAGAAUGAGGCGCAUCCGUCCCGUCUCCACCAGGCUGAGCCUAGGUGACGACCCACCCUGCUCACCUUCACCGUCCAUGCCUCACACGGCUCCACCCCUUUCACGCUCAGCCUCUCUGGAAACCCUGGCCUCCCUGCCUACCCAGGGUGCACCUCUACGCCACGUGACCCACUUCAGGCCCCGCCCUCCGCGGAAGCACAGGCCUGGCCACACCUCCGUAGACGCGCAUCCUUCCGAGAACGGCGGCGUGACGCGGUUGGACGAUGGCCUGCCGGAUUUCUACACCAAGCGGGUCUUACUGGACAGUCAGAUCUCCUCCCACGGUCACACCCAGGCCCUGAGGCGAAAGAAGAAGCGAGGCAUGCUGUCCAUCCUCACGGGCCUCAUGAAGAACCGCAGCACCGUGUGCGACUCGCUGGAGCCCGACGCCAGGGGCGGGGCCUGUGGUGAUGAAUGCCGCACCUGUGUCACCACAGAGAAUGUGUACUCCGUGAUUCAGCACUCUAAGGAUCUUGAGGGGGUGGAGCCACCAGUUGAGGGAGCCAAUGGGAUGCUCAUGGAAUUUGGCAUGGAGAGGACUCCUCAGCUCUCCCGACGGCCAGUUUACGGAAUACCGCUGCCGGGGAUGAGGGGCUUCAGCCCCCCCCGCCCCUUAAAGAAACAACAGUCACCUGACUACAGUGAGGUGUUGAGCUCCUCAGAGGUCAGCCUCACCAGCGAAGAGGCUUCCAGGUCAUCUGACUGCCAGGCCGAGGGGCAGACAGCGCCCAAGGACGGUCGCAGCCAAUCGGACGGCCAGAGACUGAACCUCCCUUCAUCUGAGACGGAGGCAGAGGCGGGGCCAUGCGAGAACCAGCAGAAGCCGGAGCAUAAGAUCGCCUGCAAAAGGCUCCUUGCCACUGCGCGACACUGCCACCCGGAGGCGGGCUCAAACAAAUGGUCAGAAGGUGAUGAAGGCGAGAGCGCGUGGGAUCGGCAGGGGAAUGAGGAAGAGGAGGGAAAGGGACCUCAACGAGGGCGACCGCGACAAGCCGAGCUAGAAACUCCAUUCAUUCUUGAAGAGAUAUACAGUUCUCCUAAGAAGAUGCGUGAUGUACCCAAUGAGAAAAGACCGCUGCACUCUGUACCGCCUCCUGCCCCGCCCAGCGCCACCAAGCCUGUAUUUAGAGUGGUAGAUUCCCCUGUCACUCAAGGGUUAGGUGAUGAGGGAGAACCCAGCUCAAUCAGAGACCUCACCAACGCUCCAGCAAGCCUAAAGUCCCUCGCGUGUGAGGAAGACAAAUGGUCAGAAGGUGAUGAAGGCGAGAGCGCGUGGGAUCGGCAGGGGAAUGAGGAAGAGGAGGGAAAGGGACCUCAACGAGGGCGACCGCGACAAGCCGAGCUAGAAACUCCAUUCAUUCUUGAAGAGAUAUACAGUUCUCCUAAGAAGAUGCGUGAUGUACCCAAUGAGAAAAGACCGCUGCACUCUGUACCGCCUCCUGUCCCGCCCAGCGCCACCAAGCCUGUAUUUAGAGUGGUAGAUUCCCCUGUCACUCAAGGGUUAGGUGAUGAGGGAGAACCCAGCUCAAUCAGAGACCUCACCAACGCUCCAGCAAGCCUAAAGUCCCUCGCGUGUGAGGAAGGUCAUCAGAGUUCGGUUUCAAGCAGCAGCGAUACCUCGUGACCAAUCAGCACUCACGGUCUGGUUUUCUAUGCGGGCAGAAAGGUUCCAUGGCGUACAGCGUGAGAGGAGAUUUCUGAACGUCACUAGAAAUCGAUAGCAGGACAAAAACGUAAUAAAAACAGCUCUUAUUCUCCCAGUUACGUCUCUGUAACACAGUGGGUUUUUAUCGACUCGCACACAUUUACAAACGCAAGCACCCCCGCGUACAUUCCAUUUGAGAGAGGUCGUAUCAGGUCACAUCAGUUUAUUCAGUUCAUUCUGUUCUGUGCCAUUCAUAACCAGUUCAUUCUAGUUAAAGUGCUGAACUCCCUCUCUCCCUCUCUCCUUCUCUCUCUCUCUCUCUCCCUCUCUCUCCCUCUCCCUCUCUCCUUCUCUCUCUCUCUCCUUCUCUCUCUCUCUCUCUCUCUCCCUCUCUCCUUCUCUCUCUCUCUCUCCCUCUGAUUUAUCAACCUUGUCUCUCGAUCAUCAGACAAUCCUUAGCACACCCACACCUGCUUUUAAAGGUACAACGCGUAACAUGUCUGUGUUGCACGUCCCGAGCCAGAUAUUGUUGGCUUAUGUAGCUUUGAUCUCAAAAUGUGAUGCGGUCGCCAUGCCAACCCGUCCGUUUAUUUCCAGCUUACAGCCUGUAAACAUUCACUGUGUAGCGUUUCAUACUUCUAAUGUUUCUACUGUCCUCAAGUAAUAUUCAUACUCGUGUUAAUAUUUAAUGGACAUUUCUUAACAUAUUGUAUCUUUAAUCUAAUGAGCAUUGAAAUGUGUAAAUAAAUAAAAUAUAAAUGAGAUUUUGCACUAAUCAUUGAUUCAGUAAUAAUUGCUAUUUCUGUUGUGAAUGUUAAAUUUGCCAGGGCAAGGUGUUGUAUGUUUGUUUUUUAGAGAUGACAAUAUCAGGAUCAUUUUUAUUGUUCCAAUCAUGUCCUUGUCCUGAUCAAUAUUAUGAACAUAGCUGCUAACUAUUUUAUGCUAUCGAGUGAGAAUUUGCCAGUUUACAGUUUGCUAUGUUUUCUACUGACAGUGAUGUACAUCUGACUAAGUAAAUAAAAUGGAGACUCUCUG